AUGAAUAUUGAUAAAAAAAAAUUAAAUAGUCUUGGUGUUUUAUUUCAUCAAAAUUUUAUUGAUUCUAAAAAAUUUUUUCAAAAAUUAUUCGAUAAUAAUAUUUGUACAUGUCAACAAUAUAAUCGUAAUAGUAAUGCAUUUCAUAAUGAUAAUGAAGAAUCACAACAAGAACAAUUAUAUCCUCAUAUGAGAAAAUUAUAUAAUCAUGAGACAAAUUUACUUGAAUAUGUAUAUAUUAUUAUGUCAACAAUUAAACCAAAUGAUUCAAUCAAUAAACAAGAUGAAAUUCUAGGACAACAACAACAACAACAACAUCGUCGUCGACAAACACGUAUUUCAAAACAACGUGCAAAAGUUUUAAUUACAGAAUAUUGUCGAGAUAAAUAG